GAUAAUUUAGGUAUUUUUGUUUUAGACGUUACAUCGCGUACAAGCCUCUUUAUGAAACUAUUCUCUUAUAACACUAUGUCUGAAAGCUUGAAACUGGAAUCAACUGCAAAAUGCUUUGGAGGAAGCCAAAAUGUCUACAGCCAUGAGAGCACAGAACUCAAGUGCAACAUGAAGUUUGCUGUGUUUGUGCCUCCGCAACAUGCUGAGGAUGCAGUACCUGUGGUGUACUGGCUGUCAGGACUAACAUGCACUGAACAAAACUUCAUCACCAAGGCUGGAGCUCAACAACAUGCUGCACUACACGGCCUGCUCAUUGUUUGCCCCGACACCAGCCCUCGAGACUGCAAAAUUGAGGGUGAAGAUGCAGAUUAUGAUUUUGGCACUGGAGCUGGAUUCUAUGUUGACGCCACUGCAGAACCUUGGAAGACCAACUAUAGGAUGUACUCCUAUGUUACACAGGAAUUACCUGUACUAAUUGCUGCCAACUUCAAUAUCAUUCCUGGCAAGACUGGCAUCAUGGGGCACAGCAUGGGUGGUCACGGGGCACUCGUGUGUGCUCUCAAGAAGACGGGGCAGUACCAGUCUGUCUCAGCCUUUGCACCCAUCUGUCAUCCCAGCGUCUCACCCUGGGGCAUCAAGGCCUUCAAAGGAUACUUGGGGCCCAAUGAAGACACUUGGCAGGAAUAUGACGCCUGCGCCUUAGUGAAGAAAUAUUCUGGGCCUCCUCUCCAAAUCCUCAUAGACCAGGGCACGGAAGACAACUUUUAUACGCAGAAGCAGCUGUUGCCAGAAGACCUGGUGCGUGCCAGCCAAGAGAGCAGGGGCGUGUCGGUUGUGCUGCGCAUGCAGCAGGAGUAUGACCACUCCUACUACUUCAUUGCUACUUUCAUCGCUUCGCAUUUGGAACAUCAUGCAAAAUAUUUGAAAGCGUGAAAACACGAGAUAAUUCAAAGCAUUCAUAUGUUUUCAAUAUUUAUUGAAAGCCUUCAAAUAUUUUCUAUUGUAUUUUAUAGCCGUUAUAGUUUUCAAUUGAAAAAUGAUGAUGCAAACCUGUUAAUCUAUCAUAUUAUUGCUCAAAUAUAUCUUCGCGUAUUGAAAUUUUAGUUAAUUAAAUUCGAAACGUGGAAGCAAAACGUUAUACGUAUUGUUAUUGCACUGCCAAAUUUUUUUUUAAAUCUAGCUCCAAUUUCAUCAAUUUUAUAACAUUAAAUUUCAGGAAGGUGAUCUAAAAACCUAAUGAUGGAUCACGGAAAGGUUCUUAGUGAGAGUGAGCCGAAUUUUUGUUGAUUAAAUACAUUGAAUUUUGGAAUAAUUCUGUACUUCAUCCAACUAAACGGAUAUUUUUCCGGUGUAGAUCUAGCUUUUCAUCU